AAAAGGAAGAAGGUGGCUGAAUGCGGUGAGAUAAGUCAGAAAUCUGAACAGAUCAGCCGCACGCGCGGGAGUGACUGCAUUGUUGGUGACUUUUUUACCCUCUCACUGUCUUUCUGAUUUCUUUAAUCUGCAUCUUUCAGUGUGUGUCUCUCCUCACACAUAUAUCUUUCUCUUUCUCUGAGGAUUCCCAUAUGACGCUUGAAGCUUUUGACAUUCUAUCAGCAGACAUUGCUACAGCCUUUUCACUUUACUCUCUUUAACUACCCCUUUCACGCACGCACGCACACGCCACUCUCUCUCUCUCUCUUCCCCUAUAACUUCGGGCGCAGAGAAGAUGCUGCAUACAAGGCAGAGAUCCACCACCACCACCAUGGUUCAAGUAGCUGCCUCAUCCUUCCCACAAAGAAGGAGAACUCCUUCAUUCUCUUCCUCUCUUCUCGACGCCAUUUACCACUCUAUCGACGAAUCAAAAUCCCACCUUGAUCAACAUCAACAACUGGGUAUCACUAUGAGUACUCCCUACACUACCGCCACCACCACCAAACACAACAACCAUGGCGGGGUAGAGAGAAGAACCAUUAAAGAGCGCAUGGACCUCCGCCGUGCCGUCAUGUUAGAGGAUUGGAUCGACAAGCACACUUCUUCUUCCUCCUCCUCUUCUUCCUCCGAAUGUAGCUCCGGCAGAGUCUUCUCUUCCUCGGAAACUGACACAUCCACAUACAACAAACAGCAUAAGAGACGAGAAGGCGGCGGCGGUGGUGGUAGUUUCGCGAGGACAAAGUUAAGGGCCAUGAAGAUCUACGGCGAGUUGAACCAGAGAGUGAAGCAACCAAUUUCACCGGGUACGGGUAGCAGAAUCGCUAGCUUCCUGAGCUCAAUCUUCAGCUCGGAGAAUGUUAAGAAGGCAAAGAUGUGUUACGUUGGUGCAGUAGAAGAUGUUAGCUUCGACCACCACAGUAGUAGUAGUAGUAAAUCAAAGUCACCACCGUGUUUCUCUUCCUCUUCUGCUUCUUCAUUUUCAACAAGGUCUUGCAUGAUGAGCAACAACAAGACUCCUCCUCCUCCUCCAUCUUCCAAAGGAAAAACCAGCAACAACAACAACAACAAGAAUGGCGGUGUCAAAAGGUCUGUGAGAUUCUACCCUGUUAGUGUCAUCCUUGGUGAAGAUUCUCAACCAUGCGGCCACAAGUGUAUUUACGAAAAUGACCCUAAUAGCCUAGGCCUCUUGCCUCUGCCUAGUUUCAAAAAGAACAACAACAGUACAGAGAAUGAUGAUGAUGAUGAUGAUGAUGAUGAUGGUAUGAGUUGUUCAAGUUCAGAUUUGUUUGAGUUGGAUCACCUUAUUGGAUCAUCAGCUGCUGGAAUCAGAUUCAAUGAAGAGCUUCCUGUUUAUGAAACCACCAAUUUAGAAGCUUUGCGUUUUUCUAAGUAGUUAUUUUAUUUUUAGUAUGUAGUAGUAGUACCCUCCAGAAAUUGUAAUUAAAAAUAAUCCAUUCUUCAUUCAUUAAUUAAUAUGCACUCAUUUUCAAUUUUUAUUAUUCA